CUCAAAGAGCAGCUAUUUUUAUAUUGCUUAUAAUCAGCCCCUUUUUUAAGUGUCCCUCUGAUGUCACCAGCCGAGAUAGGGGACUGUGGUUAUUCUUUCUGAGCAACACGUUCUUGAACAGACACAGCAAUAAUCAUACCUUGAGAAGUCUGUGUCUGAGAUGGAGAAGACUAUUAGAUAUGUCCACAGAGAAGAAGAGGAGUCUGAGCAAAACAAGCGGAAACUUCAAAUGGAAACAGCAACUACCAAGAAGAAAUUUAGAACAAGUGAGGAAGAACUUCUCGACAUACCGGUUUCCUCCAUAGACUUUUCAAUAGCCAGAGCAGAACAAACAUUGAGAUCUACAUUAGAUAACAGAAUAAAGUCGAAUUCUACAGACUUGUGGCUGGAAACAAGAGGACAGAAGCAUGUUGGUUUUAGAAACAAUAUGGAGAAGUUAGAAAUCAAGGUACUUCAAGCUUGCAGAUCAUUGCGUGUUAGAGCAGAUCGUAGAGCCUUGCGUGAAAAAGCUGAAAUAAAAUCCAGACAGAAUAAAGAAUUCAGAGAGUUAUGUGGAAGACGUGCACCAAUGUUCUGGAUACCCCUCAGGGCACAUUGUGUGUGGGAAAGAAUGUCUGUCACGCUGGUCUGCACUGUGAUGGGGACACCUAAACCAACCGUCCAGUGGUUCAAGAAUGGGAAGCCUAUUGACUUGAAAACAUCACCCCCUGGAAAAUAUAAAAUCCUUAAUGAAUUUGGCUUGCUUACCUUGGAGAUACGCAGAUGUUCCAUGGAAGACUCUGCUGACUAUAGUGUUGUGGCUACUAAUAGUUUUGGGCAGGCAACUUCUUUUGCUAAUGUGCUUGUCAAAGAAUAUCUAGGGUUACAGUCUGGCUGGGAUUCUGUUACAUAUCCUGCUUUGCUGCCAGCCUAUGAAGGUGAAUUCACUAGUGCCUUGGGACCAGUGUUUACAAAGGAGAAGGAAUCGUUUAUCUUGUCUUGUCCGGUUUCCUCCAGUCUUGAAAGAUACAAGCCAAGUGUUCAGUGGUUUAGAGAUGGAACAAUAUUGAAAGAGACAGAAGACAGGAAGAUAAGCUGUGAAGGCCUUGAUGUGUCCUUAAGGGGGUCUCCUGCUUUCAAAGAAGAUGAAGGUUUCUACACAGUCAGUGUUCCCGCUGCCUCAGGGCAUCAGGAACAAACUGCUUAUAUGUUUGUGAGAGAUGCUGAACCAAAUAAGGCUGGGGUACCAGGAUCACCUCUCGGUGUACAGUGCUACGACAUCCAGAAAGACUGUCUACUCUUAUCCUGGACUCCUCCAAGUGAUGAUAGAGGCAGCCCCGUAAUUGGUUACUUUAUUGAGAGACUUGAUGCUUCAACAAAUGAGUGGAUACAAUGCAAUAAUAUUCCAGCAAAAAUCUGCAAGUUUCCUGUAAGUGGACUUACUGAAGGACAUACAUAUCAAUUCCGAGUGAAAGCCCUUAAUAAGGCUGGCCUUAGUCAUCCUUCAAAGCCUAGUAAACCUGUGACAAUGGAAGAUCCAGCUCAGAAGGAAAAAAUCAUAGUAGUUCCAUAUGAUGAAGCAAGGGCAAUAACAAUCAAUAAAGAGGAUCUUGAAGAAGAUGUCAAAGUACCUGGAUCACCCAAAAAUGUUCAUGCCUCUGAGGUCAAUGAAGAAUAUAUUGUGCUUUCAUGGGACGAACCUGAUCCAUGCGUCAAGGACCCUGUUAAAUACUACGUAGAAAAGUGCCUUGAAGGAAGCAACAGAUGGGAGAGGAUUAACCUGGACACACCUCUCCAUUCUCCACGGUUGUCUGUGAUGGAUCUUGAUAAAGGCAAAUUCUACUGUUUCAGAGUACAAGCUGCAAACAAACAUGGAAUCAGUGGUCUAUCUAAGCCGAGUUCCCCAAUCACUCUUAAAACUACAUUAGUGGUCCCACCUGCACCUGGGAAUAUUUUAGCCCUCCGAGAUACAAAGACAUCUGCAGUAGUACAGUGGGAGAAAGUUGAGCAUGAGCCAGAGAUUCUAGGUUAUUACUUGUACAGUCGAAUGGUAGGGGAGGAUGGCUGGCAACCUGUAAACAACAAGCCACUGCAAUGUACAAGGUUUACCGUGCCCAAGUUACAGACUGGGAAAGACUAUGAGUUCUGUGUGAGAGCAGCAAAUGAAGCUGGGCUUAGUGAAAUAUCACCUAUAUCUGACCCAUUGAAUAUAAAUGAGGCUGUUUACUGUCCAUCCGCCCCCUAUGGUUUUGAUCUCUUGAGCUGUGGUAAGGAUGAAAUGACAAUCUGUUGGAAGGCUCCAAAAUUCACAGCAGGGAAAGAAGUGCUUGGAUAUUUUCUUGAUCAACAUGAUCCUGAGGAUGUUUCUUGGAAAGACGUCAAUAAUGAACAAAUCCAAGAAACAAUAUAUAAGGUAACAGGUCUGACUGAAGGACAUUUCUAUGAGUUCCGUUCCCGAGCUUUGAAUUCAGCAGGUGUUGGAAAGAUGUCUGAGCCAAGUGACCUUUUUAAAUGUGAGGAAUGGACAAUGCCUCAACCAGGUCCGCCAUAUGAUGUCAGAUGCAGAGAAGUGAGAGAUAACACUCUGAUGCUCCACUGGGAAAGCCCUAUAUACACAGGAAGCAGCCGUGUCACUGGCUACCUGGUAGAGGCAUGUGAAGGAGGUUCUGGAGAAUGGAAGAGGAUUAAUGAGAAUCCAGUGCCGGACACACAUAUGAGGAUCUCCGAUUUGGAAACAGAUAAGAGUUACCAGUUCCGUGUUGUUCCUGUUAACGCAUCUGGUCCUGGCAUUGCAUCUGUGCCUUGUGAUCCUGUGGUUCCCAAAACCAAGCAAGGCACAAAUGAAAUUGAAGUUGGUGUGGAUGAUGAAGGGUUCAUAUAUCUUUCCUUUGAGAAUCCAGAGCCAGUUGAUUCCCCACAUUUUGACUGGUCUAAAGACUACAAGGGUGCUCCAGAUCCAGAGAGAACUGACAUCUCUACAGACGGAAACAUGUCCAAGCUAAUCCUGACAAAGCCAUCUGAGGAAGAUGUAGGCAUCUAUUCUGUGGAAGUUCCAAAUACAGAUGGGGUAUCUGCUAGCCACACACUAACUAAGGAGGAAUUAGAAGAUUUGCUCAAAAAAAGCCACAAUGUACAACACCCCUUGAUACAGAAGAUAUCAGGCUGGAAUGUGGAAGUGCUGGAGAAUGGGGAUGUGCGGCUCUGGUUAGAAGUGGAAAAACUGUCCCCUGCUGCAGAAUUAGAAAUGAUCCUUAAUGACAAAGUUAUUGAAAAUACACCAAAACGGAAAAUAACAUUUGACAAGGAGAAUGGUCUCAUUGAAAUUAUCAAAGAAGACUUUGGAGAAGAAGAUAAGGGAACAUACACUGCCAAAGUGGUAGAUGGAAAAGCAUCAAACCAGUUCAGUAUCGUCCUUACUGGGGAAGAUUUUGAUAAGAUUAAUGAUGAGUCCAAGCAAAAACGAAAACAAUGGAAAAAAAAGAAAGGACCACAUUUUGUGGAGCAGUUGGAGUGGAAGGUUACAGAAGAGUGUCACGUUAUUAUAACAUGCAAGGUGACAAAUACUGAGAAAGACACAACUCUUAAAUGGUCCUUUGAUAAGAAGCCGCUUCCAAAGGGGCAAUAUGACGGACAAAGCGGAUCGGGAACACUGGUUAUCAAAAAGUUCACAAAAGAAGAGAAAGGACAUUACAAAGCUGUGGUGAAGGAUAGCAGAGGUGAAGAUAUCAGUGAUUUGGACCUCACCAAGGAAGGUUUUGAAGAUAUAAUGAAAGAAAUUUCUAAAAUAAGUGCAUUCUCUGCCUCCCCGCUGAAAUGCCAAGGCACGGCUGAAGGGAUUAAGAUCUACAGUGAAGUGAAACAGUUCACCGAUAUCAUGAAUCCAGCGUGGCACCACAAAACUCAGAAAUUGUCCAGUACAGAAAAGGUUAAAUCGGGCAGCACUGAGAAUCAAGUAUGGCUUCAAAUAAACAAUCCUACCGACUCAGACCGAGGUCUGUAUACACUUGAACUGUUUGAUGGUAAAGACAUCCAUAAACGGACCUACGAUCUCAGUGGUAAAGCAUUUGAUGAUGCAAUGGCAGAACACCAGAAAUACAAGGAAGUUGCUGUAAUUGAAAAGAAUCGUGCUAAAGUGGUCCGUGGCCUUCCUGAUCUGGCAACAAUAAUGGUGGACAAGACCCUGUGUUUAACGUGUCAUAUAUCUGGAGAUCCUGCUCCUGAGGUCUCUUGGAUAAAGAAUGAGAAGCCGGUGAUCUUGAAAGAUCGGUAUAAACUGGAUGUGAAGGGUACAAUUGUAACUUUGACCAUAGAGAAGAUCUGUGCUGAGGAUUCUGGGCACUACAGCAUUACUGUGAAGAAUAAGUAUGGGUCAGAGGUUGGGAAAGUAACUGUAAGUGUUUUUAAACAUGGCGAAGAACCAGAAGAACUUAAGGAGACAAGUGACAAAACUCCAAAUCCCUGAAAGACAAUUGCAUGUAACUAUGUAGCUGAAAACUAACUCCUAAUAAAGAAAUUAUGCUGUGUA